AAGUCGGAAGUCCAAGCUGGUCCGGGCCACCUAGGCUUGCAGGAUCUCUUAGCUGGUCCGGUGCUUGGGUGCCGGGGUUUCCCGGCGCGCCCGGAUGCCGAGCCCGGGGCUUCUGGUGCUCUUCGGCAGCCAGACAGGCACGGCCCAGGAUGUGUCGGAGAGGCUGGGUCGCGAGGCUCGGCGCCGGCGGCUUGACUGCCGGGUGCAGGCCCUGGACUCCUACUCGGUGGUGAAUCUGAUUAGUGAGCCCCUGGUGAUAUUUGUUUGUGCAACUACAGGCCAAGGAGACCCCCCUGACAACAUGAAGAACUUCUGGAGGUUCAUAUUCCGGAAGAAUCUGCCACCGACUUCCCUCUGUCAGAUGGACUUUGCUGUUCUGGGCCUCGGGGAUUCCUCUUACGCCAAGUUCAAUUUCGUAGCCAAGAAGCUGCACCGACGGCUGCUGCAGCUUGGGGGCAGCGCCCUCCUGCCUGCGUGCCUGGGAGAUGACCAGCAUGAGCUGGGGCCCGACGCUGCUAUUGACCCCUGGCUGCACGAUCUGUGGGAGAAGGUGCUGGGGCUCUACCCGGUGCCCCCUGACCUUGGCGUGAUCCCCCCCGGAGUCCCUUUGCCCUCCAAGUUCACCCUCCGCUUCCUUCCGGAGGCCCCCAAGAUGUGCUCUGAGGAGCAGCAUGUGGCCGGUGCAGAUCCCCCAGGUCCCCCUUCAGAGCAGCAGCCCUUCCUGGCACCCAUGGUCACCAACCAGAGGGUCACCAGCCCCUCUCACUUCCAGGACGUACGGCUGAUCGAGUUUGACAUCACAGGCUCUGGGCUCAGCUUUGCAGCUGGCGACGUGGUGCUGAUCCGGCCCCAGAACCAGGCCAGCCACGUCCAGCAGUUCUGCCGGGUGCUGGGCCUGGACCCCGACCAGUACUUCACGCUGCUGCCCCGGGAGCCAGGUGUCCCCUGCCCCACGCAGCUGCCCCAGCCCUGCUCCGUGAGGCACCUCGUGUCCCACUACCUGGACGUUGCCAGCGUGCCCCGCCGUUCCUUCUUCGAGCUCCUGGCCUGUCUCUCUCCCCACGAGCUGGAGCGGGAGAAGCUGCUGCAAUUCAGUGCCCCCCAAGGUCAGGAGGAGCUGUAUUCGUACUGCAACCGGCCUCGCAGGACCGUCCUGGAGGUGUUGUGUGACUUCCCACACACGGCUGGAGCUGUUCCCGCAGACUACCUGCUCGACCUCAUCCCCCCGAUCCGCCCGCGGGCCUUCUCCAUUGCCUCCUCUCUGCUGGCUCACCCCUCGAGGCUGCAGAUUCUCGUCGCUGUGGUGCAUUACCAGACGCGCCUCAAAGAGCCCCGCCGGGGCCUCUGCUCCUCCUGGCUGGCGUCUCUGGAUCCUGGGCGAGGACCUGUCCAGGUGCCUCUGUGGGUGCGGCCCGGGAGCCUGACCUUCCCGGAGACACCGGACACACCUGUGAUCAUGGUGGGUCCCGGCACCGGUGUGGCCCCUUUCCGAGCAGCUGUCCAGGAGCGGGUGGCCCGGGGUCAGACCGGAAACUUCCUGUUCUUCGGCUGCCGCUGGCGCGACCAAGACUUCUAUUGGGAAUCUGAGUGGUUGGAGCUGGAGAGGAAGGGCUGCCUGACCCUCUUCACAGCCUUCUCCCGGGAACAGGUGGGUGUGCUGGGCAGGGCGGUGCCGGCAGGGAGGGGGCCAGGCCAAGGAUGCACCAUCCCCAUGCCCCGCCCCCGCCCCCUCCGCUCCCCCUCCCCUCCCCCUCCCCGUAGGAGCGGAAAGUGUACGUGCAGCACAGGCUCCGGGAGCUCGGGCCGUUGGUGUGGGAGCUGCUGGACCGCCGAGGCGCCUACUUCUACCUGGCGGGCAAUGCCAAGGGCAUGCCGGCAGAUGUGUCAGAAGCCCUGACGUCCGUCUUCCAGGAGGAGGGUGGGCUCUCCGGCCCUGAUGCAGCCAACUACCUUGCCAGGCUCCAGCGGACGAUGCGUUUCCAGAGUGAGACGUGGGCCUAAGAAGCCAUCCUGCCAGCCUUGGCCACUCUAAACGCUGCUCUCUGGGGGGCUACUGUCACCUUCCACCCUGUCCCCUGCACAGCCUCACUUCAGUCAACCUGGGGUCCUAUACCCAGCCCUGACAUCGCUGCUCACUCACCACCCCACCCCUGCCCCCAUCCAGGGUUGCAGGCUACUGCCAGCCUUUCCCCACUGGCCCCAGCUUGGGUCCUGGUCAGGAUGGUCCCUGGGCUGCCCCACCCUGCAUAAGGACGGGGCCCCAGGAAGGAACGGGCAGCCUGAUGGGCAUCGGGGGCUCCCCAGACACCAGCUUCCAGACAGCAUGCGAGCCCGGAGAGCCUUCUGAGGUUGUCCCAGGGGACAGCAGUUUCCCAGUCCCCCUCUGCCACAUCUCUGUGCCCACCCACAAAGUACACGGUGCUGUCACAGGGCCUCGCAGGGCCAGGGCUAGGGCUGGGAGGCAGGACCAGGGGAGACCCCCAGCUAGCACACUCUUUCCUCACCCUGUUCCUGGAACACCUCCGUAAUAAACUGUGGGCUCUUGUUGGCUGUGUCUGA